UCGCCUCUCCGCCAGUCGCUAUCAGUUGUCGGCCGUUGGGUGUCUGCUCGUCAGCGUAGCUCAAGCGUUCGCCUUCAACCCGUUUUUCGUCCGAACUUCUCGCCCCGGACAUGUCCAAAUGAAGCGUUUCGUUGCCAUUGCGUUUCUGUUGUGUUUGUCGUCCGCACACAAGUCUGCCGACGUCAAACACAAAUGGUGGAGUAUCCCAGAACCGGUGGCCACUGUUGGCAAGCUGUUUUAUUUCAAAAUACCGCACGACUCUGCCGUCGAUAAUACCAGUCCUGUUGAUUUUUUGGGUCAAGAUGGUGGUGGUCUUCCAAGUUGGUUAGUUCAAGUUGAGGGUGAACUUCAAGGUAUACCUGGACCUGAAGAUGUUCGUGAUCGUUUGUUGGUACGAGCAGGAGACAAAAGUCGUCGAAUGGUUUCCGAUGUAGCAUAUAUAAGAGUAGCUCCACUUAAAUGGAAAAACGUCAGAAAUAAUAAACGAUGUAAAAAUACUGAAGAUUCUAUUUUACUUUGCCUUGUUAUUGGUAUGAACUUUAAGAGUAUACAACCAUUGCAAAGACUUAUUGCACUGAAAAAUUUAGCAGGAUUUUUUAGUCUUCCUCAAGAUUCAGUAUUGUUGGUUCCUCAAGAGAGUGUAUCUUCUUGGUUAAUAGAUUCAUUAGUAUCAUCUGAGCGUCAGUCACAUAAAAAACAUCAAUUCAAUGAUACAUCUUUUGUCCUAUGGGAGGUUGGCUGUGGAAGAGAUAUUUGGCAAGAACAUAUUGAUCAUGUACGUCAAAUGCAAAGUAAUGCUGUUGAUGGCACAUUAUCUGAGGUAUUACAACUACCAGUUACCAGUUGGAGAUUAGUAAAUUCAUUGAACCCCUUACGAGGCCGCCGUCAAGUGACAGAUGUGAAACUUGAACCAACUUUAGAAAACUUUGAAACAAAUAAGUUUAAUGAUGAUCUAUCUGAUGAUGAUGAAGAAGAAAUUGUUCCUGAUCUAAGAUUGCCAGCUAUUGAACCAUCUCCAUAUUUUCUACCUGCAAUGUAUGAUACUGACCGUCUUCACAGACAUCAUCGUAGAGAUGAAUCAACAUUAAAUAUACUAAAAGGCGUGAUAAGUUCUACACCUGUUCAAAAAACAAAUUUACCUGCAACAUUUGAUACUAAUGGAGUUGUUGGGUUUUAUGAAAAUAUUCAGCCAACUCCUACAGUCUUUGAGCCUAAAUCUUCAACUCCCAAUACACAAGAAAUAGCUGAAUCUGUGGAUAUGGGUGAACCAGUAACAACCAUUAUGGUUGAUGAAGAAAAUACAUCUGCUGGAACACCCAGCUUAGUGACAGAAAAAAUAAAGGAUUUACUUACUGAAAAUUCUAUUAGCACUUCCCCUACUACAACAAUCAAUGGAGAAAUUCCUAAUACACCACCAAUUAUUAAACAUAAAUUGCCUAAACUCCCUAUAAUAGCUGGCAAACCAUUCAAGUAUCCAAUUCCAAACAAUAUAUUCUAUGAUGCUGAAGAUGGAGAUGGAAAAUACUUAAAAUUAUCAAUGUUGAACACUGAUCCAACACUUCUGUCUUGGGUUGAGUUUGACACUGAAAAACAAACCUUACUUGCUUUACCAUUAGAAGAUCAUGUUUCAAAAUGGGAGAUAGUAAUUGAAGCAAUGGACUCUGGAAAACUAACUGUAAACAACACUUUAGAAUUAGUUGUCCAACAAUUGCCUCAUUUGCGUGCAAUUAAUCAUCAAUUGACACUACAAAUGCGCUUAAAACCUGAUUCUUUAGCAUGGAGUCAUCCAGUUAAUUGGAGUUUAGAUAUCAUUGACAGAAUUGGUGCUAUUUAUUCAACUGAUGUAAAAUUCAUUACAGUCUUAGAUUGGCCAAGAACUGGUGUUCUAGAAGCAAAUAAAGAUAGACCUGUUGUUCAAUUUACUUGGACUAAUGACACAUUACCUCGUGAAAAUUGUCCCAAUGAUGAAAUAAAUAAAAUUAUAGGAAUUUUAAAACCAGAAAAAAAUAGUAAAACAAAAUCAAUAAAACCAUUUGGUUCUUCAGUUAUUCUGGAAGACAUUAAUUGGCAAGGAUUGGGAAACUGUGCUUCAACACCUUCAAUUUCCAGCAUAAAUUAUCAACCAGUUUUACGCAAUCCUGUUGAUCUUAUUAAUGCUACUUAUGGGCAAUUAUUAUCUUAUUUUGUGCCAGAGGACACUUUUUAUGAUCCUGAUGUCGGUUCUUCAAGUGGUUUAAAAUUGUCAUUAAUGACUAUUGAUCGCACACAAGUGCCAUCUAACAACUGGUUACAAUUUGACACUAAAAAUCAAGAAUUUUAUGGAAUUCCAUUGUGGGGUGAUAAAAGUUUUUCUGAGUAUCAACUUAUUUGUACCGAUAGAGAAGGUACAACAAAUCAUGACAGUCUAGUGGUAUCAAUUCGAAAUUCAACAAAGCCAUUACCAUCAGCUGAAUUUGACAUGAUAUUUAAUAAGCCAGAAUUUAAGGAAUUCAAUAAUUCAGCUAAAUUAAAAAAAAUAUUUGUUGAACGAAUCGCAAAACUUUUUGGAGAUAAAAAUACAUCAAAUAUUGUUGUUCUUGAAAUUAGUUCAGUAAACGGUUUAACAAUGGUAAAAUGGUAUAAUAAAACAUUAGAAAUUGAUCAGUGUGAUGAAAACAAAAUUCUUCAUUUGAGACAGAUUUUAUUAAAUGAAGAAGAAAAGUUAUCGGUAAAUGUUACAAAAAUUAUGAAUGAACCAUUUGAAAUAGUUGGAGCACAUGUAACACCAGCUGGUAUUUGUGAAGGAGGACUAACUGAAGUACGCCCGCCAAAAACUACUAAUGUUACACCUCGCGACGACAAUAUUUUAUUUUUAUUUGACUCGUCAAACCAGUAUUUCUCAACAUUUAUUAUUCCUGCCAUCAUAAUUUUAGCUAUGAUGCUAAUUGCUGGAUUAUUAGCUUGCUUAUUAUAUCGUCGAAGACCUUCAUCAAAAUUAAGAAUGGGGGAUGAUGAAAGACAAAGUUUCCGAAGUCGUGGUAUUCCAGUCAUAUUCCAAGAUGAAUUGGAUGAAAGAUUAGAACCUACAAAUAAAACACCAAUAAUUAUGAGAGAAGAAAAGCCACCAUUACCUCCUCCUGAAUAUCAAAGAUCACCACCAAUGGUAACCACAGCUUUACUAGCUGACACAGAAGACUCACCAUAUCAACCUCCUCCACCACCUUUCUCAAAUGUUGGUUCUAAUCAUAGAUCAAAACCAACUUCAACACCAUCAUAUCGUAAACCUCCACCCUACGUUCCUCCUUAAAAGUCUGAUUCUAAAUUAGUUUUUUAAAUUGGUCUCACACAUCAAUUUGACUGAUCAUUUCCUUUUAGUCAUUAUAUGGAACUUUUGAACCAAGUUUCCCAUUACAUUAUUGUUAAUGUUAUCAUAAU